CAAAGGACAAAGGAAGCAGUACACCAAAAGGGCGACCCCAAGCCUUUUCUUUCUCUUCAACUUUUCUCUCUCUCUCUCUCUCUCUCUUCGUUUCAACCAUUUCAAUUUCCUUGGAACCCUCAAUCCCCUUUGCGGAUUAUCGGGCUCCGGAUCUGCCACCCAUUUCCCCAACACCACUGCCUUUCUCUCUCGGCCUCUUCCAAUUACGCUCCCCCUCUCCACUUCCUAUACUUGCUUACCUCACAAAGUUCAGAUAGGAAAACAGAGUUUGAAGAAAAGAAACAUGCACACGUAUAUACCCACAAACUCAUCCUAGCCAUAUAAAACAUCGCACGCCCUCUCUUUCUUGGAAAACUUGCAAGAACUACUCUAUUUUUUUUGUGUGUGUAAAAGAAACUGUAUUCUAGAAGACCAUAUAGAAUUUUAUCGUGGUUGUUGUUUUUGUCUUUUAUCGGGUGAUAAUAUGGCGGACAAUCCACCGGAGGGAUUAGGCGACGAUUUCUUCGAGCAGAUCUUGUCUGCGCAGCCAACAUAUACAAGUAGUGAGGCAGCGGCGGCAGUGGCAGCAGCUGGAUAUGGAGGGGGCGAUGUGGGUUCCGUCCCCAUGAUGCUGCAGUUAGGGUCUGGUGGUGGUGGCGGUGGGCUGCUGAGAGGGAUGGGGUUGGGGAUGGGUAUGACACCUUCUUUGGGGUUGAACUUGGAACAGCAGCAGCAUCAAGGGUUUCUGAGGUACGAGAGAUUCCGAGAAGAGAUUGUCGAUGGGAACAAUAAUUGCAAUAGCAAUAAUAAUAAUAAUGGGUCUUCUUCUUCUGCUGCAACUUCUGGAAUCAAUGAGAGAGAUUCGGUGCAGAUGAGUUUGUUUCCAGCGUUUGGACAGUUGCAGCUCCACCCAGUCCGGCCGACAGCACCAUCUCCACCACCUGGCCCACCCCAACUCAACCAGUUUCACAGCCAACAAACACCUGGACCAGUUGGCACUGCAGCACAUCCACCUGCCAUCCGCCCAAGGGUGCGUGCAAGAAGAGGGCAAGCCACAGAUCCCCAUAGUAUUGCUGAGCGGUUACGUCGAGAAAGAAUUGCAGAAAGAAUGAAGGCUUUGCAGGAAUUAGUUCCCAGCGCCAAUAAAACGGAUAGGGCAGCCAUGCUUGACGAAAUUGUGGAUUAUGUUAAGUUUCUGAGGCUCCAAGUUAAGGUUUUGAGCAUGAGUAGACUGGGUGGAGCAGGUGCAGUGGCUCAGCUUGUAGCUGAUGUACCCCUAUCAUCAGUUGAGGGGGAGGGCAUUGAAGGAGCAACAAAUCAACAAGCUUGGGAGAAGUGGUCAAAUGAUGGCACAGAGCAGCAAGUGGCUAAACUGAUGGAAGAAGACAUGGGAGCUGCCAUGCAAUUCCUUCAGUCCAAGGCCCUUUGCAUCAUGCCCGUAUCACUUGCUUCAGCCAUUUUCCGGACACAAGAAAGGGAUGCACUAACACUUGUUAAGCCUGAAUCAAAGAACCCUUCCUAGACCUCAAGAAAAAAAAAAAGAAAUUCCACUUGCUUCUCAGUUCGUCUCUGGCUCCCAGAAUCUGUAAUAGUUCAGCUCUUACUCUCAUGACAAUAGGUAUUUUAUAGUCUAAUCUAGUUUUUAUCUCCUUGCCUGACAAACUGUCUUCGGUGCAACUGUUUCAACUCUUGGUCUGAUUUUUGUCAAACUAGGAGUGGUUUUCAACUUUUCAUGCCUUGGCUUGAAGAAAAAAAACCUGUGGCACUUGAUGUCUUUCCCAUGGUCAAGUCCCGGAAAGGAUUUUUACCAAAAGCAUAAUCUAUGUCCUUUUUCUGGCACCAGUGGUGGAUUUAGUGGUAGAUAACCAAAAUAUUGGUGGUAGGGACUCUGUCCUUUCUUUUCUUUGUGGAUAAUGGAUUGUGGGGCCAUUUAAAAGGGUCGGAUGGGUUUGUUUAUGAUGUAUUUACAGAAAGUUUUAGUGAAAGUGGAAAAAGUUUGGUUGGUUGUCCAAUAAAGUUACGUUGGAAGCUUCUGUUUUUUCAA